ACAAAAUGAACCAAAAGUCCUUAAAUCGAGGGCUGUAAAGUAGUCCGCCUCCCCGUGGUGCAGCCUGGGUAAUGCGAAAUGGGCUAUGCAAAAAACCCUUAAUCCAAGGUGUGACGCGAGCAACCGUGCCGAUGGAUGGAUGGUUAGGGGGGUUUCAUUAAGUACCGAACCGCGAACGGAGCCUGUGGGGCACCAGGGCGCACCCCACCAGUAACUGAAAUGCCCUUACUGCGCUACGGCAGGGCACUGGCGCAGUGGACCGAAUACUUCCCUAGCGACUCGUGGGAUUCUAAAUGAGUUCAGUAAAAAACGUAAACAAAAACAAAACCAAACAAUCGAUUGAUGAUGCCGUCGCAUCAUUGACGAUCAAAGAAACAACAGAGGAAGCGUCAGCUAGUUCCACGGUAGAAAAUACCGAAAUUGCCAGCAAUAAAGAUAAAGAUGACGUUGAAGACGAGUUAGAACUCGAUACCUGGAACCUUGAAGCUUUUAGCCCAUUGAAAAAUGUGCUACAACUUCGAGGAGCGGACAAAAAACGCUACAAUUGGUUGAUAUCGCAAGGAUAUGAACGAACUAAAGCCAUGAGUCUAGCACAAGAUGCCUCUAAAGUGAAUGAACUACGGACACAAGUGAAUGCCAGUAAAAAUAAACCAACUCCCAAUCCCCCUAAAGCCGAUGGUAUAACUAUAGCAUUGGCUCCACCAGAUUAUCCAAUAACUACUCUCAAUAGUGAGCAAGCUGAAAAGAUAAAAUCUGCCAUUUUGAAAAAAGUUUUGGACCAGAAACAGACCGAACUGAAACCAAAGUUUGAUGAGUGCGUUUUUGUAACUGAUUAUCUUAGAGUGAUUUGUGCAGACACAAAUACCUAUCAUUGGCUACAAGGCAUAGUAAGCAAACUUGAACUAUGGGAAGGAGCUUCACUGAAAAUAAUGUCAGAGAAAAAGUUACUGAAAAUAGGUAUAUCCUACUUUGGCUCGUUUGCGGACAGUAAGGAUGAUAAUAAUGAAGAGAUUUUGAAAUUUAUUCAAUCACAAAAUGAUGAACUAGAUACAUCCAAAUGGCAUAUAAUCAAGAGAAAAGAUGUACCUAGCAAAAAAGCCGUUGAGCUAACGUUCACAAUGGAUGCAGAAUCAAUCCGGAAAUUAUACUCAACUAAAUACUUGAUUCGGUACAAGUUUGGAAGGGUUCAGAUUUAUAAAAAAGAGAAAUCAAGUGGACAAAAUGUCAUCCCAGUCCAACACCCGAAACCAACACGAAAUUUUCAGCCGGGAUUGAGAAACCCGAGGCAAAAUUUCAAUAACUAUAGGCCAAAUAAUGGUAACAACUUUUUCAGAAAUCCUUUCAUUCCACCCUGGUUGAAUCAACAGCAACCACAUCAGUACCAGUACAAUUAUGGUAUGAAUAGUGGUGGUUUUGGUCCCAGUCCCAGAGGCCAAACAAAUGUGUGGAAUGGAAGAUUUUAACUGAAACGGCAUUUAUUCAUCGAAAAGUGGCAUCAUAUUCCAUUCAUUGAGGCACGUUUGUGAUAGUGUAAUAAAUCACAAUUGAAGCGUGUAAUAA